UAAACACGUCAACGUCCCCUUUAAAUCCAGGUCUACGUCACGGCAUCAAUGCGGAAGUAGUGCUGAGGAAACCAGCGCCUUCAGUUUUGUUUACAUGCUACUUGGAAAUCACAGGAGUUAAUGCUGGAUUUCUGCGAAGAGCCGCAGCAUGUUUCCCCCCCGCGGCGCUGCGUCGAGGGGCCGGUCACCGUACACUGACGGCCUGUACCCACCACCCCCUGCGACCCGGUACUACGAAUACAACCACCAAAGCCUGAGUCCUGUCAACAGCUUCUUUGUUCCUGGACUACAGAGAUUGCCUACAUAUGAAUGGAAGCCCACACCAUCCACUUCUCCAGUGCUUCCUCAUCGCACACCAACUAUGACCAAUGGGCGCAAGAGGCAGAUUGAUGAAUACAGCCCCCAUGUUGUGAAGCGCCAACGCCUUGACUCAUCUUCCGACCUGUUAAUAGCCCCCUCGUUAAUUCGGGGCCCUCCACCUCGUCAUCCUGAAGUGUUGGCAGGAUCAUCGAGAUCAGGCUUUGAUCGUCGCUUUCCCAGCCCACACUCCCGUCCCCGCCCUCAGGUGCCUGCUGUCCCAGAAAGUCCCAACAGCCUGCAGACCUACGCUAAGGACAAGUUGAGUGAUCAGAUGGUGGAGCUGUUUGAAGCCUGCCAGCAGCAGACGUCCGAUUUGGCCCGGAAGGAGAUGUGUCGAACUCGGCUACAGCAAGACAUACAGCGUGUCUAUGAAGUGGCACGGCUUUACUUGACUGGAUCUUCUAUGAAUGGAUUGGGCUGCCGGAGCAGUGACGCUGAUCUUUGCCUGGUCCUCAAGGGAAAUAAAAGACAUGAUCCUAUUCAUGUACUCUCUGUCCUUCAGCGGUUGUUCAGAUCACUGUCAUAUGUAGAGAGGAUCCAGCUGAUCAGAGCCAAAGUACCAAUCCUCAGGUUCAGAGAGAAAGGCAGUGAUCUGGAGUUUGAUCUGAAUGUCAACAACACAGUGGGCAUCAGAAACACAUUCCUUCUGAGGAGUUAUGCCUAUGCUGAUCUCAGGAUAAGACCCAUGAUCCUUGUCGUCAAGAAAUGGGCACGGCACAAUCAAAUCAAUGAUGCCAGCAAAGGAACGUUGAGCAGCUACACACUGGUGCUCAUGGUGUUGCACUACCUCCAGACACUUAAUGAACCGGUCCUUCCCUCUCUACAGAGGGACUACCCGGAGUGUUUUAAUCCUUUAAUGGACAUUGACGCAGUUCCAGACGGACCCAAACACAUCCCCCCCUACAUCUCAAGAAACCAGUCCUCUCUGGGAGAGCUGCUUCUGGGCUUUCUCAAAUACUAUGCCACCUACUUCAGGUGGGAUGAGCAGGUGAUCUCUGUUCGAGAGGCCAGAGCUUUGCCUAAGAGCAAUUCUCACGAGUGGAGCAAAUACAUUUGUGUGGAAGAGCCAUUUGAAAGAAAUAACGUUGCCAGGGCAGUCCAUGAGAAGAUCAAAUUUGAUAUCAUUAAAGCUCAGUUUGUUGAGUCAUGGCGGAUACUACAGCAGAGGAAAGACCUGAACUCGAUCCUCCCAGUCAGAGCCAUCAGUAAUAAGGAGUCAUCCAGGAGAUAAGGGAUUUCUCUAAUUAGACGAGCUGACAGGAGUCUUCUACCUCAAGACAGGCCUAUCCCCAGAAACGAAGACAGACCUUCGGGACCUUUGGGAUGUGCUGAGAGAGGAGUCCUGCUGCCUCUGCACCUCACAGGCAGAAAGACCGGGACUCUGAAUGCCCUGCCUGCCUCAGCUACACACAGAAUGUAUGUCCCGUGGCAGUAAAUAUUUAAGUUACUGUACUCUCUUUCAAAUGACUUUGCCGAUCGUUUGUAAUUAUUGUAACUGAUAAUAAAAAUACAAUAUUUGAGUAGUGA